AUGGGUUAUCAAAUUUGGAAAUCAUCUUCAACAAUGAACGAUAAUUACACGAAACAAGAAAAUCUAUAUGACUCAAAAUCAUCCACCAAGAAAAAUGAUACCGGAAAGAAAGGUCGAGCCGAGGAAGAUGGAUCAAAAAAGAAAAAAGAGAAAAAAAAGUCUAAACAACAAAAACAACCGUUAGUCAAGGCAACACCGAUAAACGAUGAACAAAAUGACGAUGAAGAGAAUGAUGAACAAGAAGAUACUGAGCAUGAUCAAGAGGUUAGCACACCUGAACCGGAGUCAUCCAGAACGCCAUCAACAUCAGUUAGAAAGCGUCACAAAAAGAAAUCUAGUGGUGGUGAUGGGAUCUUAGCAAAUAAAAAUGAAACACGUCUAAUAAAUUCAAAAGGCGUACAACAGCAAGGAGUGAAAACAAAUUCACCAACAAAAGAUGGUGUCGAAUUGGCACAUGAGGAUCAAUCACUUAUCGCUGUGAAAACUAAAACAAAACCACAAGCCACUGUUAAUCCAACAACGAUAACAAAACAAGCACUGCCACUGCAAACAUCUGUAGUUGAAAAUAAACAACAGCAACCUGCACCAGUGCAAGACAUUAAGCAAGUUGGAGGAAAGAAAAGUCAAAAAAAUCAACCUCCAAAACAACAGUUACCACUAUCACCAUCAAAUCAAAGUCAAGGACAAGGCAAUCAACAACACGCUGAAUCGAAUCGAAAUAAAUUAGCUACACCAUCCGCACAAGGUUUAAAAAAUGUAUGCUAUGGCGCUUCAAUUUUACCAUCUUCUCCUCAACAACAGCGUUCUAAAGAAUAUGCUCAGAUUAGUGAACAAACAGAAACACGUUUGCCUCCUCGUUCACAACCGCUACAAAAAUCUCCGGUUGAUGAACGACAAGUACCAAAUCCAUCGGUGCAAACAAACGGUUUUAGUCAACAGUCUUUAUCGCCCAUUAAUCCACCUCAGAUUAGUUCAAAUAAAGUAACACCACCGAAUCAUCCAAUAAAAAUGGUUGAUUUACUUAGAGCCCUACCUACAUCUCAAUCAGUCGUUACAGAAUUGAUGUUGGCUUUAGAUACAAUACCAUUAUCGGAUAAAGAAUUAGACGUUAUUAUGUAUAAAAUAGCAAACAAACAAGUUGUUCUCAAAUCAGAUUGUAAUAAUCUUCAACGUGGACAAAAGCUCGUCGAUCCACAGGUUCACAUUGGACAGAUUAUGGAUGACGUAACAAAAUCAUAUCACGAAGAAAUGACAAAAGAUCAGCAAGCAAUAUUACGUUUGAAAGAUUUGACAAACGAAUUAAAUUUAGAAAAAAAAAAGACAAAUGAUCUGAUUAAACAAUUAAAUGACAAAGAAACAGAAAAACAGAUUUUGUUGCAACAAUUUGAUACGAAACAUAAACAGGAAAUGCAGAUGAGACAACAACAAUCACUUCCGCCACAACAACAACAGCAACAACACAUGAUGGCAUUACAACGGCUCACUGAAGAAAAUCAACACUUACAGCAACAACUUCAAGCAGCUCAAAUUCAUCAUCAGAAAGCGUCUCCACAAUCCGCGUCACCAUCGACUGGAUUAGUUCAAAUGUUAACAACUCAACUUGAACAAACAUCGGUUAAAAAUGGUAAUUUAGAAAAACAAUUAACUUUGGGUGACAAGAAAAUAAAAGAUCUUCAAAAAGAAAAAGACGAUCUAUACAAACAUAAUCAAGACUUAACAAAAUCUGCGCAAGAAUAUCAUUCACAAAUGCAAACAAACCAACAGAAAGUCGAUCAGUUAUUAAACGAAUUGAAUCAAUGUAAAACACAUUUAAGUGAAUUAGAGAAUGAGAAUCAAACAAUGAAACAACAAGAAGUUGUUGUUAAUCAUCAAGGAGAUAAUAGUGAGAAUGAAACAUUACUGAAACAACAGUUAGAACAACUAAACGAAGUAUGUAAUAAGCAACGACAGGAUAUUGAAGAUUCGAAACAACUCUAUGAAAAUAAACAACAACUGAUUACUGAACUUGAAGAACGAAUAAGACAACAAGAACAGAUGAAAAAUGACGAACAACAAACGAAACAAGGAGAGUUAAAACAGCGAGAAGAAGAACAGCAACAGUUGAUUAAUCAGUUACAAGAGCAACUAAGACAAAUAGAGAACAAGUCAGAUCAAUUGAAUAAAGAAAAACAAACUCUAUCGGAUGAAUUAGAGAAUAAUAAACAAUUAAUCGAGCAAUUGAAAGUACAAUCGAAAUUAUGUGAGGAACACGAGAGUAUACGACACCAUUUGGAAGAAUCAAAUGUAAAUGAGUUAAACGAAAAAUCCAGAGAAAUUGAGCAUUUACGUAAUGCUCUGGAAGAAGCAACAAUAAAAAAUCAAAAAAUUGAAACUGAACGCAAUGAGUUUGAAAAUAGUCAUCGUACGAUUGAAAAUGAUGAAGAAAAAUAUCGUCAAACUUUAAUGAGUCUAUUACAAACUGAAGGCGUGAGCGAUGAUGAUAAAGUUUUACAAAUUUCAAGUGAAAACAAACUUCGAAUUCUAUCGAUGGAAAGUGAAAAUAAUAAUUUAAAACGAGAUAUCGAAGCACAAGUAAAAGAAAUUGAACAAACUGUUCAAGCAAAAGAAGAAUUAUUGAUUAAUGAUUUAAAAUCUAAAGAGUUAAUAAUUGAUAAUAUUCUGAAAGAAAAAGAUAUAUUAGUAUCGGAUACUAUUCGUCUUAAAAAUGAAAUUGAUCGUUUAAAUUCAGAAUUAGUUGAACAGUCAUCAGCAGUGAAUACAACUCGUCAACAAUUAGAAGAACGUGAUAAGGAAACUAUUGAGUUAGACAAGGUAAAUCAAUCAUUACAAAAUGAACGCAUACGAUUGACGAAUCUAAUUCGUCUUGGCCAAGAUGCUCUGAGUGAUGAGCAAGAUCUUGUGCAACAGCUUGGCCAAAGCUUGGGAUUUCAGGAUACAAAUCAGACUAAGAUUUCCGAAUGA